AUGCGCUGCUGGCACGCAACCGCGCAGGGCCUGGGCGGCGACCCUGAGACCGGCGGCCGCAAGAAGAUCGGGGCGUUCCUGAUCCAGAACCAGCUGCAGACCAGCGCCUACAGCAGCGCCCUCUUCCUGACCAGCGGCGCCCAGAACCUGCUCUGCAUCAACCUGGCCGCAAAGCUGGGGGCCGUUGUGCCUGACGUCUGGAUGAACUGGUUCAUUGGCUGCCUGCCCCAGGCCGUCCUGGGUAUGGUCAUCACGCCGCUGCUGCUCUUCAAGCAGUACCCCCCAGAGGUCAAGGAGACCCCUGAGGCUCCCGGCCAGGCGUCGGAGCGCCUCAAGAAGAUGGGCCCCAUGAGCCGCAACGAGCUCAUCACCACCGCGGCCAUCUGCGGCGCCGUGGUGCUGUGGAUCAUGGGGGACGCCUGGGGGGUGCCCGCCGUGCUGGCGGCGAUGCUGGGGCUGGCCGCGCUGCUCGUGACGGGCGUGCUGAGCUGGCGGGACUGCCUUGAGUACCCCCCAGCCUGGGACUGCCUCACCUGGUUUGCCGUCCUCGUCAGCAUGAGCUCGGCCCUCAACGACACCGGGCUCAUCACCACGUUUGCGGACAUCGUGGGCAAGCAGCUGACGUCCCUCAACCUGGGCUGGCAGCCCGUGUUCUUCCUGCUGCACACCGCGUUCUUCUUCAUCCACUACCUCUUCGCGGGCCAGACCGCGCACGUCGGCGCCCUCUUCACCGCUUUCCUCGCGAUGAUGCUCGCAUCAGGCGUCCCCUCCAUGCUCGCCGUCCUAUCGCUGGGCUACAACACCAACCUCUUUGGCAACAUCACCCACUACGCGUCGGGCCAGGCGGCCAUAUACUUUGGCAACGACUACGUCACCCUGCCAGAGUGGUUCUCUCUCGGAUUCAUCUACGGCGCGCUGAGCCUCGUCGUCGUCAUCGGCCUGGGGUACCCCUGGUGGCGGUUCCUCGGGUGGUGCUGA